UGUCGGCUCAUUAGAAGUGCUGCAACAGGCAUGAAAAGCCUUGCAGUCGGCUCGCAGUUUUGGCAAAGAUGGAUUUGUCCAGGAGGUCUCAGGCUCCCACCUGCAGUGUAUGGAAAUGUUGGAUCGUUCUCUUCCUCAGCCUGGCAUUGUACCAAGACGGGACAGUUGCAUUCUCAGUUUUUGCACCGCACUCAAAGUACAUAUGCCCAGAAGGACAUGAGGUGAACCUCACAUGCUCUAUCAGAGGACACCGUAGCCAUCAGCAUGACAUGUUAAGUGUACAUUGGGCUUUCACUAAAGACAGGAACCCAGGCUGCACAGAAGAAAAACAUGCGAAGAAUACAACAGAGAACAGCCAUCACAAAGGAGACCAUUUCUCCAAUCGUCUGUUCUAUAGAACGCUGGUGAACAUCACCCAAUCAGACAGCGGUGGCUAUUGCUGUUUUCUCUAUGAGACAAAUAAGAAGCAUUUGAUCCAUGAAGCACAUGGUUAUAUGGAACUUCAGGUGAAAUCAGAUGAUCCAGAUCUUAAGGCAUGUUCACUUCUCUCAUCUGAAAAGGACAGUGAUGGCACAACAGCAGCUGCAGUGGCCAUUGUGGCCUGUAUUGUUGGAAUCCUGUGCAUGCCUCUUAUACUAAUACUAGUUUACAAACAAAGAAAAGCAGUGACUGCCAGAAGAGCACAGGAGUUGGUGAGAAUGGACAGUGAAGCACAAGGUAUUGAAAAUCCUGUCUUUGAUGAUCCCCCUGCUGCAAAUUCAGAACAGAGGCCCCGGCUUAUUUUCAUGUCUAGCCGUCAGCAGUCAGACUCAGGUCGCCACCUGCUUUCUGAACCCAACACUCCUCUUUCUCCCCCUGGACCAAAUGACGUCUUCUUCCCAUCGCUUGAGCCAGUGCCAGAUUCUCCAGAUUUUGUGUAAAUGAAGAUUUAGGAGCACAACUGAAGGUUUGAAGAGAUAAGCAAUAUUUGAAAGACUUAUCUAAAGACUAAAAACGGUGUAGUCUGU